AUGCCUGCCACUACGGAUAUCACACUAGGUAAACACGAAUCUAUUCUUGUUGGUAUCAAUGGUGCCAUCCUCGAGAUAGACUUGUGGCUGAAAGUUAAAAUUUAUUCAAGUGAUAUAUUUAAUAUAUACAUUACUGUGCGGUUGGUGGCAAGCAUCAGUACGAGAAGAGACACGUUACUUUACAAACAACCUUGCUGGUUGGAUAUCUUCUCUCUUUUUCCGCGGGUAAUAAUAAAAUUUGCCAAAAUUCCGGUCCCUACCAAGAUCCGAGAAGGCGCCUACCCCGGCAGGAACGAGGAGGGCAAGAUGAACACCAACAAACGGAAAGCUCGUACCAAUGCUGCAAGGUCUCCUCGCAACAGAGGGGCAGAGAGGAAUGUAGCUGCAGAUGGAGUGUACCAAAAUCCGCAUUUUAUGCAUGCAAUAACUAGUCAUGUUGGAAAUACAGUUCAGGUUUUGACUCUCAAUGGAUCAAUUUUUGAAGGUGUGUUUCGAACAUUUUCAAGUCAAUUUGAUGUAGUACUAGAAAUGGCUCACAAAGUUGAACCAAACAAUCCUGGAAAAAUUAACGUUGAUACUGUUGUUGAGAAAUUGAUUUUUAAACCUGAGGACAUAAUCACCAUUGAAGUAAGAGAUGUUGAUCUCGAGUAUGCAACUAGAGAUACUUUUCAGACUGACACAGCAAUCAGUAAAUUCAAUGGACAGGUUGGAGAACGAGAAUUGGAGCCAUGGGAUGGACCUGGUUGUAAUGGGGAUGAUCUUGAACUGGAAGCAAGUGCUAAUGGAUGGGAUGCCAAUGAAAUGUUUAGAAAAAAUGAACAAGUGUAUGGCAUUCAUUCAUGUUUUGAGCCUUCAAUGGUGACCUACACUACCCCUUUGCAGAAAAAGGAUACAAAGGAAUACAAGGAUGCAGAGGCCAAAGCAGCAAAAAUUGCCAGUGAAAUAGAAUCCAACCCAGUGUAUUUGCAACGGCUGCAGCUAGAAAAUGGUGAUGAAGAAGAGCGGUUUGCUGCUGUUGCUCGGCCUGCUGGUGGUUCCAGCCCUGUAGAAGGGCAUGGGGAAGGUGGCAAGUAUGUGCCUCCUCCUAAACGAAAAAAUUCCCAAACUAUAAUGUUGUGGAGCCACAAAGAUAUGGUACAGUUUUCUUUUAAGGCCCUUGAAGCUGGCAAGUUGGUGCGAUCUACUCCACCACCACAGCCUCAGCCAGUACAUCCAACGACACCUGUGCCUGUGCAACCUUCCCAGCAACCUCCCCAGCAGAUGCCAUCAGCGCAACCAGUUUCACAGCCACCUCAGUCACUGCCACCUUCUGGCCCCAAAGGCUACGCAGCUGGAACUGGGGGUGCAAGUUACCAUCACCCUCCACCAUUUUCUCCUAUAUCCUCCACUGCUCAGCAACUGCCACAGUCUGCACCGGUGCCUCAACCUAUGCCGCCACAAUCCAUAGUGCCAGUGCCAGUGUCUGUGCCUGUACCUAGUGGACAAGGUGCCAUUGCAUUGCCUGUGAACCAACCUCCUCCACCUAUGCAACAUGUGGCAGCUUCCCCAGUUGCUCCCAUUUAUCCAAAUCAUCCUGCACCUCUGCCUCCCAGAGAGCCAAAGGUCAAUGGCAUGGAGGCCAAACCACAGCGACCACAGCAGCUUAGGCCCAGUGCAAGAUCUUAUCCAUCUGGUGAUGGUAGUAUAAGUGGCCGUUACGCAACCCAGCCAGAGCCUGGCAAACACAUCCACCAUGGUCCCCCUUCUGGUAUGCCACCAGCACCUUUCCCUACUACAUCUGCACCUGUUGUAUCCCCACAGGUGAUGGGGCCACCAUCUGUGCCAGCGCCAAUGGGGUCAGUACCCACAUCAACCCUUCCGCAAGCUGUGGAAAUGUCUACUGCUAAAGUGACAGGCGAGCAGUCGCCAGUAGCUACUCCUCCUCAGACAGCCAUCCCUAUGCAACCUGGAACUGCCCCCCUGCCUCAGCGGAAGGUGCCUCCUAGCCGCUCUCGAGAAGAGCAUUUUCAGGAUCUGAAGAAAUUCACUCAGGAUUUUAAACUGGCCGAGGGCGAACCUGCUGACAAAAAGCAAAGUCCCCCUCAGCAGCAGCCACAAGCCCAGCAGCCACAACAGCAACCACCACAGCAAACUUCUCAGCAGCAGCCAUCUCAAGUUCCGUCUCAGCAACAACAGCCCCAACAGCAGCCUCCUCCGCAGCAGCCACCGCCACAGCAACAGCAACAAACGCCACCACAGGCCUCUCAACCACAAGGGGACGAGGUCAAUAAGGAAUCCCCUGAUGGGGUGGACAAGGUGUCCUCAGCUUUGAAGAAAUCAACUCUGAAUCCUAACGCCAAGGAGUUUGUAUAUAAUCCCAAUGCCAAGCCCUUUACUCCGCGUUCUGCAAGUACUCCAACACCUUCAAGGCCUCAUACUCCCCAGACUCCACAAUACACCCCUAGUAUGACAAUGGUGAUGCCACCAUAUGUUGCAGUGGCUACUAGCCAGCCUCCAUUUACUCCUGCUAAUCAGGGUGCUCGUUUUCGUAAA